AUGGCGCGAAACCGUGGCGUGCCUAGCCAGCGUCGGCCACGCCCCUCGCGCAUCUUCAGCGCUGCGUCUCCUGCCCUUCCACGCUCUCUGCACCGUCUUGCCUCUCUCUUUUUGGGGGAGAGCGUGAGAGCCUGUGCCAAAUCGGACUGUCGGUUUUUCGGUUGUUGCUCGCCCACCGGCACUUGGAACCUUCUGGUUAGCCUCCCUCUAGGCAACCAUUUCACACGUGGCUCGGGCUAAUUCCUUCUUUCGAUUGAUUCCAACUUCAGAUGGAUCCUUGGCUGUGUGUUCCGAUUUCCUAUACCUAACCUGUUUUGGCAGAGGAAGGUUACCAUUUUUGUACCAUUUACCACUUUUUUUCUUUUUCCUUUCUAACCAGCCUUAUCUGUAUUGUACAAAGGUGGCUUGAGAUAAUUUUUGACAAGAAGAACAACAAAAAGUGUUUCGAAAAAAGAGGUUUCGAAGUCUUUAGUGAUUUUAUGCCACUCGUUUAUAUUCUUUCUUUUCUUAAAGUCCACUCGAACCUCCUCCAAUGAUUUCUAAUGGACGCAAAUAUUCUAUAAUCGUUCUUAUAUUUAAUUUUGUCAAUCUAAAAGUUUCGAGAUGACGCUAAAAUUUUUUGGAAAAAUGUUCACUCUUUCUCUUAUCAGAUCUCUCCACAUGCUUGUUUUUAAAAUGCCGUCCCACAUUUAUUUGCCCUUUCAAAAAUCAAAGUUCACGUUUUUUUUCCUAGUUUCAAAUCUGUAUGCCAUUCAUAUCGUUUUUUUUGUGAUUCUUCACUUCCGUUUUCUCUGUUGUCUUGGAAGACCUCAGUCCUAAUAUUUGAAAUAGAAAAAUCAGUUCUUUUUUUCCGAUAGCCUCCUCUUUUUGCCGUAGAAUGAAGCGAGAAAAAACUAGUCACUUUAAAAUCCCAAAUUCAGAACUCGGGACACAAAAAAACCAGAAUGACGUCAUUCGGGUCGAUGCUUUUGUCUUUGGAAGCAAAUAAGGAGAAUAUCCCGCCUGGCGGACUUCCCAACGAGUCUUUUGUACUCCCGGAAUCCCGUGGACAGAUGAUCUGCGAUGACGUCGACGUCGUCACGAAUUCUCCUGUCCCUCGACCUUCUCCCGCUUAUUCCCAGAAGUCUGACGCCUCCUUUUUUUCAUCUCAAGGUUGGUCGAAGAUUGAAAACCGUUUGAGCAACUCAAUUGAUGGUUACUUUGGAACUUUUUGAGAAAUUGAUUUUUUGAUAGCGCGAAAGUCUUGAAGGAAUAAAAUUGCACUGGUAACAGCUUUUGCCUCGAUAAUUUGAUGUAUCUUCUCAAAUUUCCUCUAUAUUUCUCGACAUAUUUAAACACCAAAGGCUCUUCUUGAAACUGUAAUAUUUGCCGAAAAAGGUUCGAGUGCAAAAACUGCGCGGAAAAACCUCGUCCGAGGGGUUGGACAAACAAACACGGGCGUUAUCAUCGGUCAAUGAGAUAACUCGCGCCUUUCCUCAUCCUCAAAUUACUUUUACAAACAAGCUUUUCUUUGAUUAUCAGGGAAAUCAGUUAUCAGUCGAGGUCAAGCCUUGAAGAAGUCUAGGAAUGGUGAAAUAUUACAGAAUCGCUGACGGAUUCUUCGAUUGUCCUUCCUGGGAACAAUGACGAGUCGGAAGACGAUCCCGAAGUGUCUUCCAGAAAAGAAAAAAGCCUUGGACUUCUGUGUCAAAGGUUCCUGAUAGCCAUGAAUGAAGAAACUUGCGGGAGACCUAAUGGAGAGGUUCACCUCGAAACUGUGGCUCGGAAAAUGAGUAAGAAAGGCUUUGGGGCUACGAUUUCAAAAAAGUCGAGUUCAGACGUCGAGAAGCGCAGAAUCUACGACAUUGUCAACGUGAUGGAGGCGCUCGACGCGAUGCAGAAAACCAAUAAAUCUUACUAUAAAUGGCACGGUCUUGAUGAUUUGCCCAAGCUCAUGGCAGGGCUGCAGGUUCGUAUAAAGCCAGAAAAUGAGUUCUAAACGAAGAGUUUCAGAAAGAAGCGAUAGUGGAACGUCUGCCUGAACGAGUUCUUCGAGUUGAACAGGCGAUGUGUUCCUUCACAGAACUGUCCGGGGGUCGGAAACACAGCCGAGAAGUCGUUGGAAGUUUGGUCGGCGACUUGGGAAAUGAAAGCACGUCUUCUGAAGAUGUCGUCCUUCCCACGUCUUCUGCAGGAUCUAAUGUGAGGAUGAUUUAGAGCAUUUUCUGCGGCUUUUGAAUGCGAUUAGGAUCGUCACUAAAAGCAUAUUUUUACACUGAAAAUCUGUUUUUGGCUCAUUUUUCAGUAGAUAGAAAAAAGCACUUGAUCAUGGAAAUAACCCUUUUCAAAAAAUUCUAAGAAGAACUUAACGUUUAUUUUUGAGCAUCCCUAACCGUCAGGGAUAAUUUUCAAGAGCGAAUUUUAAAUCAGCCUAAGAAAGACCUCACCUAAAACUUCUAGGCUCAUCGAAAAAUCCAAUCAAGUUUCAGUCCGCUCUAUAAUUUUUGUCUAUCCAACAUCUAUUUCAGGAAACCCGCCGAUCAAGAGUCGACUCGAGAGAUCGACAAGGCCGGAAUUCCCUCGCCCAGCUCUGCCGCCGCUUCCUCAUGGUUCUGCUGAGCAAUCCUGUAACUAGAAAAAUUCUAGAACCCCAAGAAUCCCCACCUUUCCAGAAAAACAUCCGGAAAGUCAGUCUGGACGUGGCGAGUACCGUUCUGAUCAAGGACCCGGAAACGGAAGGAUUCGAGCCGCCGAGCCGAAGUCGCUGCCGACGUCUCUACGACAUCGCCAACGUUCUCGUCGCACUCGGACUCAUCAAAAAAGUCCAUUAUCUCUUCGGCACCAAGAAAAUCCCGCUUUUCGUCUACAGCGGACCGGAGCCUGAUGGUUUCAUAAAGCUAUAACUCCAUGGGUUUAUUCUGAAAAUAUUCCAGAAAAUGCCAAGUUUGACGCGAAUGCCUGUGUUGAGAAAGUUCUCCUGACCCCUUCCACCGGCCCUCCGUUGACCCCUCAGAUGAAAGUGAGAAUUCAGGAACUUCAUAUAAUAGACAAGGAGAUUCAGGCGACGACAGCGGCUCUCGCCCAGCAGUUAACCAUGGGAAAAAGAUGCAAUUCUGAUGUGAAUCUCUCACAGGCCUCCUCUAAUCUCAAAAUGCCGCGAAUGAAGUUGGUCGUUGCUCUUUAAAACGCUACAUUCAGCUGCGAAAGUUCAAAAACUUGAGAUCAAAAAUGACGUUCCAUUAAGCUUUUUUUGAAUUCCAGCUCGUAAAUUCGAAUUCACCAUUCUUUUUUUAAAUGAAAAAAAUUCUGAAGUUUAAUUUUUUUGCAAAUCCAUGAAGAUAGACACAUUUAAUGACGCAGAAAAAAAGAUAAAAAAAGAAUAUAAACUGAAAUGGAAAAAUAAAAAAACACAGAAAUGAUUUUUGUCGUACAUUUUUUUCCGUGGAGCAACUUUGUUCAAAUAUGCAUUUUGCGUUGGAAUUUUUUUUUGAAUUUUCAAACUAGGUUUCUCGAAAAAUUUUUUUCUCUAAAAGUGGAUUACUGAAAUCGUAAUGAAAAAGCUCUGUAAGAUGAGAAGUCUUUUCAAAAUUUGUAAUAUUUUUGCUUAUUAAAGUUUGAUGCCCAAAAAUUCAGUUUUUUUGUCAUUUUUUAGUGAGUCGGGAACCUUUUAAUAAUCAGAGUUUAUCUAUAAUAUAGUGUGCUCCACUUUGAGACCCUUCCAAUCAAUCCAUAUUGUUCUUUCGUGGUCAAAAAAAACCUCUGUCUUUUCCCAGAUCCGACAGCAUCCCAGCCUCUUCCUCCCUGAUGAUGUUCGCAGAGUUGGCGGCUGCUGAACGUCUUCGUCUCGACACUCUGACGCAGAUGAGCCGUCGUCUGGCCGCCAUCAACUCGAUGACGCCGUCGACGUCUUCUGUUCUCCCGCCUUUUUCGAUGUUGUCCGCUUCGUCGGAUAAUCUGUCGACCAAUGCCUCGCCUCUCGAUUCUAACAAGUUAGUUUCUGAUCUGAGAAUGCAAUUAGAAAAUAUGAAAGACGGAUUCUCUCUGAGUUGAGAAAUGAAUUAACUGAAGACCUUCAAGAACUUUAUAAACCGAACCUCUUUUUUUCAGGUUCAUCAAUUUCGAGAGCCCCUUCUCUUCCCUACAUCCCAUUCUUCUCCCGCCUAAUGUAAACUGAAAAAUUGAAAUCUCAAUAAUCUGGAUUCAAACUUUUUUAGCCCCAACCGCUUCGACCAACUAUCGAUCGGAAUCCCCCUCCCUUCCAUCAAUCUUUUUCAGCACCUUCCAUUAAAACUGAGGUACCAAAACAAAUUUAUUUCCAGAUUGAAAUUUCCUCUUUUUCAGAACUAUAAUCGCUCGUGCAGUUAUUCAAUGUCCAACAUUUUGAGCUCGUCGAAAAAAUCCAACGUUUUGUUGGAUCACACCAAGAACUCUCCGUUCCAAGUUGUCAAGAAGUCGUCGGAUCAGAGAAGAGAAAAGUUGGUUUUUGAUUUUGAAAAUUCGAGUCAUCAACUGUUUCCUUUCAAACUCCUAACAAGGGAACUCUUCUCACAAAAGUCUGACUAUUUUGAAGAGUCUCCGAAAACCCUGUUUUUUUGAGACUUUUGAAAACACCUCACUCAAGUUCCUUGCAAUGCAGACCCAUAAACGUACUUUAAAAGUGUUUUUAAUUUUAAUGUUUAUGGCUCGGCAGGCAGGGCGGCCAGUGGGCAGCCAUCCUCCACCUCUGUAUUUAAUGAACCUCAUGAAAAUCCAACCAGCACUUCUGAUUUUUAAAAUGAAAAGAUUUCAAAGCUCUAGCCAUUUUACGAGUCAAGACUUGUUCGACUUUAAACUAUUUUAAUUCCUGGGAAACCAGGUAGUUUAAGGUUUGAAAAAAACUAACCAUUUUAAUUUUAAAUGUUUUCGAUGACCUUUUAGAGAAUUCUAAAGUAAAAAGCAGAAAUAUCUCGUUCGUGAGCAACUGCGCUUCGCAUAAAACUUUUAAGAACUCGAAAAACGAUAAAAAGAACAAGUUUAUGAGAGGGUGCGAGAACGUCGGCUUUCUUUUCAAGCCGACGCCAAUUACAAAGUUGACGUCUUUGCCGACAGAACGUUGCGCAACCCGGCCGAAAAGACUCUCUCAUCCCUAUAUUUUUACUGUCUUUUUCUCGCCCUUUGACUUUGCCGUUGAUUUCAACGUAGGAAAGUUCCCCAGAGCCUUUUCCCUCGUUGUUUUUCCUUUUAACAGAACGUUUUGCUUCCAAAGAACACCUGGUGUUUAGCGAUUCCCAACGACUCGCGCCGCUAUUUUGAUGGAUGUCUCCGGUUUAUCACUUGACAUUUUUUUUGCAAACGAGUUAAAAUUAGCGGAGCCUCAAAACUUUUAAGAAGACUUUUGCAGUAAUUUUUUUUAUAUGGUAGGCUUUCGUUUUACUGAAAUAAAAAAAAUCGCGUUAGACCAAGGCUCGUUGCGUUUGCCUCCUUAAGCAUUACAGGAAGAAUUUUAAAAAAAUUAUCAAGUUUUGGUGAGUUUUUUUUUGUAUCAAUCUUUUUAAUCUUUAUUAUAAGUUUUUCUCAAAAUUUGAAAAAAUGCAAUCUACUGAUAAAUUUAGUCAUACACUUCUUUAGUCUGUCUCUUUUCGCCAAAGAAAGUUCAAAAGAAGUAAAAAAUAUUCCAUUAUCUGGACUACACUCUAUAAACCUGUCCCAUAAAAAAAAUUUGGCUAAUUAAUUUCAUAGAUUUCAGUCUUUUUUCACAAUAACUUUGUCGUUUUGCAAAUCGAGAUCGGCCUUGUUUCAAAAAUAGAAGAAAAAAAGCUUAAAUUUAGAAGAAAAUUAAAAAAAAAGUUUUACUUUUAACAAUUGCAAAUUCCACUCUUCAUUAUUGACCAGGAUAUAUCUAGAGCCUCCCUUCUUCUUAAAAAAAAAUCUCCCUUUCGUAAAGAUAUUCUACAGUACUUCUGAACAAUAUUUACAACUUGAUCCAAAAUAUCUUCUCCCAUGGCUGUCACACGACCUCAUUCAUCAGCCCAGGUACAGAGAGGUGUGCAGAACACCUUUUCCAUAAAUCUGAUGCUAUCGGAGGCCCCACAAUAACGAAAGAAUCAACCGCUCGAUACGAUCGCAGCUCGUUUUUGGCGAAAUUCACCCUUUUUCGCCCAGAUCUCUAUCUCUAUCACACGCUUUUUGCCCUUGUUGCUGUGCACUUUUUUUGAAGGUCCUUGCGGUUUUAAAUCUUCUUUUUUUUGCUAGGUGAUGGUUAGAGUUGAGAAAAUAUUAAAGCAAAAGUUUGAGCUUUAAAAAAAUCUGAGUUAUUAGAAGACGUAGGGUCUCUGGAACUUUAUAAAAAUACUGUUCGUGACAGAAUCAUUGCGAAUUUUGUCCUCCUUCUUUUAAAAACUUGACAGAAGCAAAAUGAGAUGAACUUAUUAGAAAAUUAGGUUUUCAAACGUUCAGGGACUUUAGUGGGAGGAGUUUGAACCGAUGUCGUCAAAUAUUUGAAUUCCCGUCAGAUUUUUUAGAGCUGUGUUGAAAACUUCUUCAUUAAUUUUUUUGGACCUUCCCAUGAACCUUUAAAAAAAGUAACUGUUUUUUUAUUCUGUGACCACUUUUUCAAGUUUUUCAAAAUCGCAAGUGACUCAACGUAAACCAAAAAGUUGAUUUUUUUCAAAGAUUUGAAGUUUUCUUCAGGAUUUGAAAAAGUUUAUAGAAAAUCUGAUUUUUCUAUUGAUUAGAUGAAAUAUUCUCUAUGUGACUGUUCUCUGAGCGAUUCUCGUAACUGGUUGUGCUUCAACCGAACACUUGUCGCUUUGUGCUCCAACGCACUCGGCCGCACUUGACUCAUCUUGGGCCAUUGGAAACCGAGAAGGACCCUUGGCAUGGCUUUGCUCAGACGCCGCCAGAGUGUUUGUGGGCUCCGUGCGGGAGUCCGACGGGUCACAUCGGACCUCCUGCCGAUUCUUGCCCCGUCGGCGACCUCCAUUGUGCGCCAACGUGUUGCGCAACGUCACAGAUGCCGUCUUGCGCAAGUCGCCACUCAAGAGCGGGAAAAUCGAGCUGAAAUUAGGCGUUUCAUCGAUUUGCUCACUGUGAUCAGUGGUUCCGGAGAUGACAGGGAUUUAGUUCAUUCACAGAGAUCUCACUGGAAAUUAGGAAACGCUAAACUCUUUUCAUGAUAUUUUUAACGUUUUCAUCUUUCAUAAAGAAUGGUCGAGUCAUAACUAUUUUGGAGAAUAAAUUUAAAAUUUUAAUUCCUUCUUUGUUAAAAAUCAGAUAUUGUGAUUUUUGCUUCUAUUCUAAAAAUUCAGAGUCUUCGGGUUCAAAGAAUUGAAGCUUGUUUCUCUUUUUUUCAAUUUAAAAAUAGAAACAGAUUUUUUUAUUGUUACUUAUCAAAAAUUUAAAUAAUUUUUAAUUUUUGACCUAUUUCAAAAAAAUUUCUGAAAAACGAAACAUAUUUUUUUGAUUUCUGUGAACUUCAUUCAUACGCUCAAAAAAUAUUUUCCACAAUUCCUGAUUUUCUCUUCAGCGAUCAGACUUAUUAGCUACACCUUAUUGUAUUCUAAUGCUUUAUUUUUCAGGAAACCGUUCGGCGAGCUUCAGAAUCGGAUGUAG